UAGCGGGGGAGUGUUUGAAAAUGACCUUGGUAUCCCCGGGGAAGACGAGAGAAAAUAGGAUAAAUCCCAAUCACAAAAUCACCUGAUACAGACAGUCGGACAGUUAAAGGGCUCUGCUGUGUUGUUAGUUUGAAAAACCAAGAUUACAGCACCGCUACUUUUCUGAAUCCAACCCUCCGCCGCCUUCUCUUUGUUGACGCAAACCCGGCUCUGCUAAAAUGAUCUGCCGCUGGGGAACCGAGAUUUGGUUCGUUCGCGCCUUCCCAGUCUAAUGUCAGAGAAUGAUGUCUUGAUCUUACAUAAGAUUACAGCUGUUUGCCUUUCUGAGGAAGAGUUCUAGAAAUGAAAAACAACAGUAAAGAGCCGGCGGAAAAUGGUUGCAAAGAGCAGGAAGAAUGGACCAACAAAGGGCAGGAAGUAGAGCCCUCAUCAUCAUCAGCAGCAUCGGUUUAUGAAAUUCCAGGGGAGCCUGCUGUUGUCAUUGAUGGAAUGCUUGUGGUUCCCCCAAGUGAUGGCUCUCUUCAGUCUCUUGUAUUCUCUGAGGGUGUGAAUGAUGCAGCAUCACUUGGAAAUACAAGAUUUGGUGUAUGGUUGGUUGGAAGGGAAGUACGAAAAAUGUUUGGUGGACAUUACUACUCUGGUACAGUGACCGAGUUUGAUGAAGAAUCAGGCUGGUGGAGGGUUGUGUAUGAAGAUGGCGACCUUGAAGAUCUCGAGUGGAAUGAGCUGGAACGGGUGCUUCAGCCCUUGGAUAUUAUGGUCCCACUGAAAUCGUUAGCCCUGAAGACUCUCAAGAAAAGUAAUAAGCCUGUCCAAAAAUCCAAGAGUAGUGUGGUUCGACCUGCAAAGCAGAAGUCCAGACGUGGAAGUAACGGAGUGGUCUCAUCGCCUGAAGAUGUUCCGAUGAGGACUCCAGAGGUAAAACAGUCUGGUACGGCCGUGAAACAGUCUGCUAAAAUGGACAAAUGAUUUGAUGGUUGCGCUAGAAGUUAGAAGAAGCAUUUCUCAUCCUCAAAAAGGCGCUGCAUCAAGGUGAAAUUUAGACUAGUGGAUGAUACUCUGCUAUGAGUCAUUGUAAUGUUGUAUUGAUCGAGUACAUUACCUAGAUGAGGUUAACAAGACUAGUAACAUUCAUGAUGGUAUUGUACUGUUUGUAUCUGCAAAUGUGCUGCAGUAAUUUCUCAUAGUAAAUUUGCUCUUGUAGAACUGUGCUUGGAACAAUGAGAUAAAACUAUUGAA